AAUUUUGGCGGUAAAUUGAAGUUAUUAUCCACAAAGAUUUUUGAGAUAAUGAACAUAUAACGCAAGUAUGUCUAAGAUAUUUGAGAGAUGACUUAGGGCUAAUAAGUAUAAAUUAAAAAAUCGUUUCAAAGUAGUACGUUUUUAACCAUGUAAUGUUUUGAUUUUUAGAUGAUAUGUAGAUCCAUCUAGGAAUAUAAAGAUAUGUAUAGAAAUGCUGAUUAUGAUAUCAAUUAUGACAGACUUUCAAUUGCCAGUUUCCCAGAAGGACUGAAAGAAGAAGUCCGAUACCUACCAUAUAAUGAACCUCCAGUGCGCAGAACUAAUAGCUGUGAUGAUAUAGCUCGCUUUUAUCGCUGCUUCAAUUUAGCCCAAAGUAAUCAAGGAAAUGGUUUCACAUGGCAUCACUACUUAAGUUUCUUCAAAAUUGAACUUAAGAGUUUUAAAUUUUCGCCCACUUACCAAAAACUGAUGUCCAAAGUACCAAGCUCGUCUGAGUUUUCUUUUGUGACAGCUCGCCAAACGAGUACCCCGAAUGGAAUGUUUCGGUUUCGUAAGAAAUAUUCUUCUAAAAGUCCUCGAAGUAGCCCUGAAGUAAGCAAAAGCAGCAGUUCUCUAUCUUCAAAUGUGGGUAAUCAUGUGCUAAAGGUGUGCAGCGACACGAAGAAUUUAGCCAAAGAUAUUUACAAGAAAAUGGAGAAAAUCUCAAAUCUACAUGGAAGUCGAAAAAAUUCAAAGGAACGACGUCGGCAUGGUGCAGUAGAUAUAAUAGGAGAUGCUCAUAGUCCUUGCAGAAGUCCAAGUUUAGCAUCAAGAGGUGAAUCCACCGAUAAUGAUUCUGGAAGUGCAUCACCUUUAAAAGGAGCUGGCGACAGAAGAAAAAGAUUGGUAGUAAGAAGUCGCCUCUGUCAUUGAGAAAUUUCUUCAAUAAUUAUUGUUCUAAUAAUGUUAAAAAUUCUACAAAAAUAAUUAUUCGAAAAAAUGGAUUUUGAAUAUUUUAGAGGGUUUUAAUUAAAAUUUUUCGGAGCUUCGUCCAUUUAAAAACUCUUAAAAGUAAGUGUUAAGUUCAUGCUUACAUUCCCAUGGAUUCUGUCAAGUACUUUCCUUAAUUUCUCAAAUUUUAUUAACUUUGCA